UGUCAAAAAGUAAAUUUUUCUCCGUAACAUAGUAAAAACUAAGUUUGGAGCAGUUUAACAAAAAUUUUUGUCCUAAUGGUAAAAUAUAAAGCUAGAAUGAUGUCGGAAUAUCGACAAAUGCUGGAGGAUCCACCACCAAAUACUAGUAUUAAACUAGUUAAUAAUAGUUUAACACAUUGGGAAGUAACAAUUAUUGGACCACAGGACACUGUUUAUGCAGGCGGAGAAUUUAAAUUGGAUAUACAGUUUCCUUGGAAUUAUCCAUUUAGAACCCCAAGAAUACGUUUCAAGACUAAAAUUUAUCACUGUAAUGUGGAUGAAAAUGGCAUAUUCUGCAAAAAUGAGUUUGAAAGAAAUUGGUUUGCUCGUCAGCACAUAUAUUGCAUACUUGUUACAAUGAACUCAAUGUUGGUUAAAUGCGAUCCCACAGAUGCUUACAACGCUGAUAUAGCUGCACAAUAUAUGCAGAAAAGGGAAGAAAUCGAUAAAAUUGCACUGGAUUGGACUAGACGCUAUGCCGAUGCUUUCAGAAUUGAUUCGUAAAUCGCUAACUAUCAGAUAAAGAAUGCAGCAAUUUUUUCAAUAUCAAAUUAGAUUUGAUAUUGAAAUAAAUAAUAAAAUGAUAAACUAAGAAGAAUAAGAAUUGAGUU